CAAAAAUUUGUCAGCAAUCGAUACUAUCGAUAGCUGUAUCGUCCAUCGCUAAUAUUGAACAAACAAAAGUUUAUUUUUUUGCGAGAAACAAAUCAAUUGUAAACAUGUCGCAAGAGGUUGAGGAGACACUGAAACGGAUCCAGAGUCACAAAGGCGUUGUAGGUACCAUUGUGGUCAACAAUGAAGGUAUUCCGGUGAAGUCUACUCUGGACAAUACAACGACCGUGCAAUAUGCUGGCCUGAUGAGUCAGCUGGCUGACAAGGCUCGGAGCGUUGUGAGAGAUUUGGACCCGUCCAACGACAUGACAUUCCUGCGGGUGCGCUCGAAGAAGCACGAAAUCAUGGUGGCUCCCGACAAGGACUUUAUACUCAUAGUCAUUCAAAAUCCAACCGAUUAGGCAGCUAACGCCCGAGAAUUAAAAGCUGAAAUUAACUAAUGAACAUUUCUAUAUAUUCAAAUUGUACGUGAAAGAAAUCAUAAAUAUAUUUAUGCAUAAAA